AUGAAUGUGGAACCGGCCCGUCGCUCCGUUUCAAGCUUCACUCCUGAAGGAAACUCCCCGUCGGCCCAGAGGGGAGCAGGAAGCAGAGAGCAGGGGAUGGAGAGGCAAAGCGCGCGUCCGGCCAGUGACACCUCUGCAGGCCAAUCGGUGACGAGCUCCGGGAGCGCGCCGGCCAAUAGCAGCCUCCUGGUGGGCGUGCCCGCGCUCACUGAGAGCGGACUCGGACGCGGAGCGCAGGUGCGUCUCCAACUUGACCACCACCAGACAAUGGGAGUAGCUGAGCAGUGCUGCUUCAGUGCCAAGUACCACCAGUACCAGCACCACCAGUACCACCAGUACUACCACUACUACUACUACUACUCGCCCCUGGGAGACUGCGCAGUGAGAAAUGAUGCAAUCAAACAGAGCGCGCACUACAAGUGGCUGCUAAUGCAGUUCCACUGUCGGGCCACGGGUCAGCCCGGUCCAGAUACGGAGUCACUCCUGGCAGCGUCGAAAGAAGCUGCGGCGAGGAAAGCCGCCUCCCCGAUGCCGCCCUCCGAGUUCCUGGACAAACUCAUGGGCAAAGUGUCGGGUUACGACGCCAGAAUCCGACCGAAUUUCAAAGGUAGGAACCCCAAAGGCUCCAAAAAUGAAGCUACUCACAAGAAAGGUCCUCCGGUGAACGUAACCUGCAACAUUUUUAUCAACAGUUUUGGGUCCAUCGCUGAGACAACAAUGGACUACAGAGUGAACAUCUUCCUCAGACAGCAGUGGAACGACCCUCGGCUGGCCUACAGCGAGUACCCCGACGACUCGCUGGACCUGGACCCCUCUAUGUUGGACUCCAUCUGGAAACCCGACUUGUUCUUCGCCAACGAGAAGGGGGCCAACUUCCACGAGGUCACCACGGACAACAAGCUGCUGCGCAUCUCUAAAAACGGCAACGUGCUAUACAGCAUACGAAUAACACUGAUCCUGGCCUGUCCCAUGGAUCUGAAGAACUUCCCUAUGGACGUCCAGACCUGCAUCAUGCAGCUGGAGAGCUUCGGAUACACCAUGAACGACCUCAUAUUCGAGUGGGACGAGAAGGGAGCUGUGCAGGUGGCUGACGGCCUGACGCUACCUCAGUUCAUACUCAAAGAGGAGAAGGACCUGCGCUACUGCACCAAGCACUACAACACAGGUAAAUUCACCUGCAUCGAGGCUCGUUUCCACCUGGAGCGUCAGAUGGGCUACUACCUGAUCCAGAUGUACAUCCCCUCGCUGCUCAUCGUCAUCCUGUCCUGGGUUUCCUUCUGGAUCAACAUGGACGCCGCGCCCGCCCGGGUCGGUCUGGGCAUCACCACCGUGCUGACCAUGACCACGCAGAGCUCCGGUUCCAGAGCCUCCCUGCCCAAGGUGUCCUACGUAAAAGCCAUCGAUAUCUGGAUGGCCGUGUGUCUGCUGUUCGUGUUCUCCGCCCUGCUGGAGUACGCCGCCGUCAACUUCAUCGCCCGCCAACACAAGGAGCUGCUGCGCUUCAGACGGAGGCGACGACACACGAAGGAGGAUGAGACAGGAGGGCGCUUCAGCUUCCCCGGCUACGGCAUGGGCCCCGCCUGCCUGCAGGCCAAAGACGGCAUGGCCAUCAAGGGCAACAACAACAACGCCCCGGCCUCGGGUCCGCCCGAGAAGACCAUCGAGGAGAUGAAGAAGCUGUUCAUCGGCCGGGCCAAGCGCAUCGACACGGUGUCCCGCGUGGCCUUCCCGCUCGUCUUCCUCAUUUUUAACAUUUUCUACUGGAUCAUUUACAAGAUCAUCCGCAGCGAGGACAUCCACAAGCAGUAG